AUGGCGGCUGUGCAAACUCCAUCCUUACACAGACACUGGAUUAAGAAAGUAGUGCUGUUAACCGGUGCAAACAGUGGUAUUGUCCUUGCCCUGUGUGAGCGUCUACUUAGCCGGGAUGCCCAGCUGCAGCUCUGUCUGGCCUGCAGGAACAUGCAGAGAGCUGAGGCUGCUCGACAGGCUCUUCUAGUGCCUCACCCUCGAGCUCAAGCUACUCUGCUGCACUUAGAUGUGGCCAACAUGCGCUCUGUGCUCAGGGCUGCUGAAGAGUUCAAGCAGAUAUACAACAGAUUAGACCAUCUGUAUCUCAAUGCUGGAAUCAUGCCUAAUCCCAGAGUAGAUCACAAAGCCUCUUAUAAAGGCCUGUUUUCUAGGUAUAGUAUUUCUUUCUAUAUACACUUAGUACAUAGUAUAUACCCAGAAAAUAAGGUCACAUCCAUUGGUUUGCAGGAAGUGUUUGACACUAAUCUAUUUGGUCAUCUCCUUCUGGUUCUUUUUUUUUUUUGGCGUUAUUUAUAUACAGUUAUUUACAUAGCUGUGGUAGAACACAAUACAGUUUCUGUCUUUUUCAUAUAACACUAUCAACCAAAUCAUCUUCCUCAAAAAGAUCUCCUGGAACAUUAUUUCACCCAUAAAUGCCACAGGAUUCAUUUCACUGUUGCCAGCAACUUGUUCCCUGCCAGCUGUCUCGAUCAAUAAUUUAUCUGAAAGGCUGUAGUGCUGAAGUUAUUUUGAGUCCUCAAAUAGCAGCUCUGUGCUUCUUUGUGAAGGGUUUUCUUUUGCUAAUUGAGGAGCUCAUUCUUUUGCACUAAGGCAUUCGGUCAUCAGUGCUGGAAGUCGUUUCAUUCGGUCAGUCAUGUUAUUGUGGUGUAUCGAUUUUCUGCUGGGCUGGCACCGAGUGAGGAGGAGUGAGGCUUGUAUUUCUAGUCAAGUUGUCCU